AUGGAUAUCAAUUUACUUGGAUUACUACCGAUUAUAGAACCUGAAGCACUAGCAAGAUACAUUAAAACAACAAAAGAUUUUAUUGAUUACUCUGAUACAACUGAAGCACCAUCAGCAACAGCGUCAAAAUUAACAACACGAGUUAGUUUAUACAAGAAUCAUCAGAAUAUUAAUUAUGAAUGGACCUAUAGAGUUUCAAAAUUUUAA